UAUUAUUAUUCAAUAUUAUUAAGAAAAUGAGCCAUUAUCAAUAAUUCUAAUUGUUAUUAUUGUUUGUUCAAUAUUUAGAAGGAUUUGAUUGCUGAAAUUUAUAUUAAUAUGAAUCAUUCUCAUACACUAGACACAGCUGAUGCGUUAGGUAACUUAAGAAGUAUUCCUGAUACAAGGCAGUUAUUUGAAACUUACUUUAAUGAUGGACUCGGAAUAACUGACUCAAUGACAUUUCAUGAAGGUAAGCUGGAGUUAGAAGGUGAUGAAUAUGUUAUUGCUGAUGCAUCUCUAAACCCAAAGUACAGAACAGUUCAGCAUUGGCAUAAUGUAUGGAGAGAAUUUAAUCUAGGCCCAAGAAUUGGGGAGGGCGUAAUAGAGAAACUUCAGUCAAAAAAAGCCUCAUAUGAAGAAAAAGGAGUUAAGAUUUUAAUUAAUGAAGAACCAUUUGCUGUUGUUAUUUGUACACCACUGAUGCAACGUGCACAUAAAUUACCUUACUCAAAAGACAUAGUAUUCUCUGAUAGUACAGCGUCAUGUGAUGCACAUAAUCAUUCUAUUACAUUCAUGCUUACCCCAUGUGCUGUUGGUGCUGUUCCAUUAGCUGUAAUUAUCACUAAAGGUCAGUCAAUGAAUGAUUAUAAAAUUGGAUUUGAAUUAGUUAAGAAUUGUGUUGGUCCUGAUGGAUUUGGUGGUGAAUGUUUUCCAAAAUUAUUCAUAACAGAUGACAGUGAAGCAGAAAGACAGGCAUUACAAUCUGUAUGGCCACAAUCAAAGCAGUUACUGUGUCGUUUCCACAUAUGUCAAUCUGUUUGGAGGUGGUUAUGGGGUAGUGAAAAUAACAUUGAAAAGUUAGAUCGCCCUAUUUUGUAUGCAUUGUUUAAUAAAAUAUUAACGGCAUCAAGUGUAGAAAUGGCUGAAGUCGCUUAUUUAAAUGCCAUUGACAGCAAUAAUAAUGUUAAUGUAGCUAAGUAUCCCAACUGGGUUAACUAUGUAAAUUUAUAUUGGAAGCGUAAGGAAAUAUGGGUUUUAUCUUAUAGAAACUUUGAAACCCAUGGACACCAAACCAACAAUUUCAGCGAGAUAUGUGUCAGAAUAUAUAAAGAUAUAGUUUUAUCCAGAAAUAAAGCUUAUAAUGUGGUUUCGUUAGUGGAUUUCACAAGUACUGUAAUGGAGCAUUAUUAUAUUCGCAGAAUUCGAAAGUUUUGUAAUAGUCGUUGUGAUGUAUCACGUUUAUUUUUAAUAUCAUUACAAAAAAAAAUUAAGUAUCUAACGAUCGAUAUGAUUGAAUCAUUGGAAAAUAAUAUGUUUAAAGUACCAAGUGAAAAAGAUACAGAAAUGUAUGAAGUAAAUGCAACAUUGGGGUAUUGUACUUGCUAUCAAGGUCAUUUGGGGACCUUUUGCAAACACCAAGCAGCAGUAUAUUUUUUUUUUAGUAAAGAACUACCUAAUGCACCACCAGUUACAGCUAAAUGUAGAUAUAAUAUGGCUGUUUUAGCAUUUGGAGACAAAGUUCAACCUUUAUCAUUUUAUAAUUCAUUAAAUGCUCAAGACGAGAUUGAAGAAAAUAAUACUGAAAUUAUUGAUGUAAAUUAUACAAAUAAUAUGAGUAAAGUUGUUAUAGAUGAAAAACAACCAGAAUUAAUAACAAAUAAUGUAUUAAAACCUGUACAACAGGACUUUCAAAGCGUUGUAGAUUUAAUGGUUCACAAAAAUGACGAAUUUGGAUCAACAAAUGAAUCGUUAAAUAUAUUUUUGAAAAACUUGGAAACGUCACAACCAAAAACUCUUGGGAAACAUUUUUGUCCACUUGUGGGAAACAGAUUUCUCUUCGUCAUGCUAAUAAAGCUAAAAUACGAGUUCAACCUACAUCAAUAA